GGGUUCGAGGAGUCGUCACGUGAUCACAACAGGAAGCGUGGUGGCUCUGGACUCGGUGUGGUGAUUGAUUGAUGAUCAUCGAGCUCUAUGAGAAAGCGCAGCUGCUGCUGUUUGAUCGCUGUCAGCAUGACAAUACUCCUCUUCAUCAUCUUCAUCUGGGGCUCCAUCAGCUCUCACGUGCGAGUGGAGUCCAGGUCUCAGAGUGAGGUCAGGGUCUCUGGACGAGCGCUGUAUAAGCUGGACAUCUCCUGGCCCAAGAACCCCGAGUACUUCAGCGGACAGGUGUUCGGCGUGGCGGUCAAUCAUCUGGCCGGUCUGGUGUAUGUGGCUCAGAGAGGUGAUAAUGUUUGCCUACAAGUGCUGGUGUUCAGCACGGAUGGAGACUUCCUGCAGGCCUGGAACACCAGCAGUCUGGAAAUGCCUCAUGGGAUUUUCCUGGCCAACGCAUCCGCGGAUCCGACGGUGUGGAUCACAGAUGUGGGGAACGGGCCGUACGGACACACAGUGAAGCAGUAUUCUCCAUCAGGGAAGCUGCUGCAGGUGCUGGGAUCUCCUGGGAGAGCCGGAUCUUCUCUCAGUCCGCUGCAGUUCGACCAGCCGGCUGAAAUCUUCGUCCACAGUUCUGGAGAAAUCUACAUCGUGGACGGAGACGGCGGCCUGAACAACCGCCUGAUCAAACUCUCCAGAGAUCUGCAGGUGCUGUGGAUGCACGGAGAGAAAGGACAGGGACUCGCUCAGUUCUACAUCCCUCACAGCGUGGCGGUCGACAGCUACCAGAGGGUGUGGGUCGCAGACAGAGGGAACAAGCGCAUCCAGGUGUUUAACUCGGUGACGGGUGACUGGCUGGGCUCCUGGGGCAGCUGUUUUAAAGAGGAUGCGCCGUACUCCGUCAGGCUCACGCCGGACCAGAAGUACAUGGUGGUGGCUGAGUUAAACUCCAAUCAGAUCACGCUGCUGGAGGCUCCGCCCGUCGGCAUCAUCGGUCAGUGUCAGGUGGUCAGCAGCAUCCAGCUGGCCGAGGACGUCAAGCCGCACCUGCUGGAUGUGGAUCUGAAGAGCGCGGCGCUGUAUGUGGCUGAGAUCGGGGCCAGUCAGGCGCAGAAGUUCGUUCCUGCCACAGCCGGCGGUGUUUAGAUGACGCUCAGAGUCCAGCGUCCAGCGUCCAGCACUAAUGAUGGAAAGAGAGAAGCUGAGGCCUGCUGGAUUUGAGGUUCAAACUAAUAUUAAUAUUUAGUUUACAAUCAGAGCGUCACGGCUACAGAAUGAUGUUGAUUCAGAGGAAUAAAGGGAUCAGAGAUUGGGGAUUGUUUUGAAUUCACUAGUUUUGUAUUUUUCCACUCUCGUUUGCUGUUGUGCGUAUGUUCCUUCUUGUGUUUUUGAGGAAAUAAUGUUCAUGUUAAUUUAUAUGAUAAGUUAAGCUUUGUAUAUUGAUGUAUGAUUCCUGUGUUUCUGACCUGUACACACACGACCAAAUCUCACAUCGUACAGUGUUUGCUGCAUGCAGAGAGAUUCUGAGGAGAACAGCACUGAUAUCUGCAGUGUGCCAUGAUUUUAUGAUCAUAUUUUCAUUGUUUUAAUAUGAAUGUGG